CGCAGGGCGGCUGUUCACGAUCCCAUUCAACACCCGCCAUCCCCAACAUAUCCUGUCUUUACAGAGCCCAGAGCCACGAUGAAGUCAGCGCUCACCUCGCUGCUCGUCCUGCUGUCGUGCAGUCUAAGCUGUGUGAAGGCUGCGAGCGACAAGCCGCUCAAGCCGUGCACCGUUGUAUCGCCGACGACCGAGCGCUUCUUUGAUCUAAACGGGCUGCGCCGGACGCUGCCCAAGGAGGGAGACAAGAAGAAGGAUGGCGAUGAGGGGAGCUGGCAUGCGAAGGGGUACGACUACGGCGCCAACUUCACCGUCAACUUCUGCGGGCCGGUGGUGGAGGAGUUGAGCGAUGUGCAGGAUCUCGACAAGAAGCUGUGGAGGAAUGUAAGCGCGUUCUACGAGAGGGGCGAUAGGCAGUAUGCUAUUGGUCUCGAGAACUCAGAGCCCAUAUUCCGCGGUAAGAAGCUCAUCCUCAAUUAUACCGGCGGCUCGCUGUGCCCCUCGACCUCCUCGAAGCGCUCGCCCGUCGAACUGCCGCGCGAGAUCAUCGGCGACGACGACGAUGACGACGACAAGAAGCACGAGGACCAAGACUCGGACAAGAACAAGAAGAAGCCCUCAUCAGACAAGUCGGAGCGCCGCAAGACCACCAUCAUCUCGCUGCUCUGCGAGUCCGAUCCGCUGGGCAAGAGCAGCAUUUCCUUCGUCGCCGCUGUCGACGACUGCACAUACUUCUUCGAAGGCCGCUCGCGCUUCGCCUGCGGUAUCGUACACGCGGACACGCAAACACUAAGCCCCGGCGGUGUAUUUGGCGUCAUUGCGCUGAUCGCGGUGCUGGUUUACUUCGUGGGUGGCUGCGUAUACCAACGUACCGUCAUGCACCAGCGAGGAUGGAGACAGCUGCCCAACUACGCCAUGUGGGCGGGCAUCUGGCGAUUCUUCUCGGAUAUGUUCAUCAUUCUUACAUCCUCCUGCGCGCGCUUCAUGCCGUCCCGUCGAGGCUAUAGCCGUGUCACGCUAGGUGCGGAUAGCAGAGGGCGAGGUCGACGAGACGAGAGCGAGAACAGGCUGAUAGACAACCUCGACGAAGAGUGGGACGAUUAAACGUGCGACGAUACCUUUUCCUUGUAUAUGACACAUAUUAUUGGCGUUCAAAAGGGAUCUGAUAUAGGACACGGACUGGACAGCGCCUCGGGGUGCUGUCUAGAUAGACAAUGCCAUAGAUUGACC